AUGGCUAAUGACAAUUUUGACAAUCAUAAGCUACUGGAAAAUGCGGAAGGCAGUAAUGAAGAGAAAGUGACAGAACUGCUUGAAAGGCUCUAUGAUCAACCUUUUCAUCGUAAAAUUCGAGAAUCCACCAAAUCCAAUGAAAAUCGUAUGAAACGUAAUUUGUUACAUUCACUGAAAGCCUUAAAUUAUGCAAUUGAUGAAGCGGUAGAUAUGGGACAAAUGGUAGAUUUGGGUCUCGAAGUAUUAGCACAAACAUGGCGACGAAGAGAUGCUGAAUCUGAAAUUGCUUUUCAGGGUCUAUUAACUGUACUUGAAUAUUGCCUGAAUCGUUCAGCAGCAGGUUACGCAUCCUUUGAGCAAUUCAUCAAUGCACUUGGUUAUAAUACAGUACAAUUUUGGCGAUAUGCAGUACCAUAUAUUUAUGAUUCUGACCUUACUUAUGGUACCAAAUUCCGUGACUUGUUACUAUUCAGUUUAACGUUGUACGAUAUUAACAAUGCAAAAAAUAAACUCAGGGAACUAUACACUUCAGUACCAGGUGUUCGUAAAUCAUUACUUGGUGUUCAUGCAAAACGGUUUGGUGAACGAUUCCAUCAUUUACAACGACGAUUAAGUAUUAGCCGAGAAGGUUCAUCAAGAUCCAGCAGAUCUUCUUCCACGGAUUCGAUCUCUUCUCAAUCUAGUGGCAAAAGCAAUAACAGUAUAACUACGGGCCGCUCACGAACUGUUUCAUAUUCCGAAAAAUUACGACGAUUACGUCGAUCAAUUUCACGUGGACCAUCCGAGAGUAGCGUAAAUUCACGGGAACUAUCAAAGGAAGUAAUUGCAAGUGGAGGCUUAGCUAGUACACAUUUUCAGCAACGUGUAAUCAACGUUUCUAACGCACCACCAGUUAGCUUGAAACGUGAAAAAACAGGCGAAUGGGAAAUUAAGCAAGGUUCCGGUGGUUUAGUUUCAGCAGUAGAUCCUGUAAUGUCGAAAGAUAAGGAAAAUGUUUGGCUUGCUAAUCUUGGAAUGAAUUUGCAUAGAAAACCAAAGUAA